CAGGUGUCUGCCCUGCCCGGGGCAUGGGAGCUCCCGCACGUGCUGCGCCGCCUCGGGCCGACUCGCUGUCUCGCCGCCGACUGAACUGGAUUUGCUACUCUUGGUUAUCGGAUGCAUUAUUCUGCAUCGGGAACCAGUUGGUGUUCCCGGGACAUAAUUGAGGCGUAGCGAGGGCCGGAUAGGCAGGGCCGAGGCGGGCGCAGAGCUGGAUCAGCCCGGGCGGCGGGUGUUCGGGUCGGGAGCGGUACGCGGGUCGAGCGGCUGAACAGCUACCGCAGUGCGGGGCGUGGCCGUGCGGCUGCUCCGCCAAUAGGGCGCCGGUGGUGGCGGGAGCCAGGAGAGCUGGCCACCGCCGCCGCAGUCACUGUCCGGCCACCGCGGUGAUCGCACCCGCCAUGACGCUCGACCCCCGGCCCCCAGUGCCCUCGUCGCCUCCGCCGCCCGCCGCCUCUGUCAUGGCUGAGCCCCGCCCCGGCCCCCCUCCUCCCUCCCCGCCUCCCCAGCGCCCUCCGCCGCCCACACUUCCGGUGUCUUCGCUGGCCGCGGCGUCGGCGCUGUCCAUGGUGCCGCGGGCGUCCGCCUUCACGGCCGUGUUCCCCUCCGUGGGGCGCGCGCCGCUGCCUGACCUUGCGGCGCUCAACCUGGCGGCCUUCGAGUCCUACCUGGCACUCUCCGGGCUCUCUCGCCUCACGCAGCCGCGCCCGUCCGACGCCCUCGCCUCCUCCAACAAGAAGUUCGACUUCUCGCGCCUGGCGGAGAGCGUGUCCGAGGGCGAGAAACGCCCCAGUGGCGCCACACCUCCGCCGCCUCCCGCGGUGUCGGCGGCGGCAGCGGCGACGGCGGCUGCCAACCUGGCACAGGUGGCGCCGCUCAUGUCCUCCGUCAGAUCGCUUCCGCUGCUCGCCGACACGUACCCUCUGCUCCUCAACCCUCUCUAUCAGUCCAUGCUGGCGCAGCAGCAGCAGCAGCAACAACAACAACAGCAACACCAGCACCCUCCCCUGGGGUACCGGCGGGCGCCCGGGGGGAGAGGGCGGGCGCCCAGACCAAAAAAGCAGUUCAUCUGCAAGUACUGCAACCGCCACUUCACCAAGAGCUACAACCUCCUGAUCCACGAGCGCACGCACACCGACGAGCGGCCCUACACCUGCGACAUCUGCGGGAAGGCCUUCCGGCGCCAGGACCAUCUGCGAGACCACAGGUACAUCCACAGCAAGGAGAAGCCGUUCAAGUGCACCGACUGCGGCAAGGGCUUCUGCCAGAGCCGCACCUUGGCCGUGCACCGCAUCCUGCACAUGGAGGAGUCGCCGCACAAGUGUCCCACCUGCGGCAGAAGCUUCAACCAAAGGAGCAACCUGAAGACACACCUCCUGACGCACACGGACAUCAAGCCCUACACGUGUCCCCAGUGCGAUAAGGUCUUCCGCCGGAACUGUGACCUGAGACGCCACGCCCUCACGCACAACCUCACGUCUCCGCUCGACCUCGACCUGGGCUCCCUCCCCCCCUCCUCCUCCGACUCCCCCCUCCACUCCCUGGAGAUGCCGUCGCCCCCCGCUGUGUCGGUGCUCUCGCCGGCGGUCGUGGCAGGCGCGGCCGGCGACGACGAGGCGGAGCGGGACGGCGGCCUCGCGCCCCCGAGGACCUACAGCAGCAGCAGCGACGAGGAGGAGAUAGCGAGGGCUGGCAAGCGAUCCAAGAUGGACGCCGCCUACGCUGACGCCGACGACCCCAUCAACAGCGCCGACUUUGAUGACGACGACGAGGACGACUUCGGCAAGGAGGACCUGGUGGACGACGACGACGACAGCAACCCGUCGAGCCCCCCCACGUUGCUCGGGAGGUUCCGGUCGGAGGCGCAGAAGGAGCCCUUGAACCUCGGGGCGUCGAGCUCGGCCUCCCUCGCCUCCUUCAGUAUAGCCUCUAUUAUGGGGGGAGCCGACUAAGCCCUGGAAGGAAGAGAAUAUUAAUGUUAUUGUAGAAGAUUAACUAUCUAAUUCCGAAUUCUUUAUAAGAAUAUUGACCGCUUGCGUAUGUCACACGGACGGUGGGCGAGACGCGGCGUUAGAUAACUCUGUAAUAUAGCGAAGGGAAUGGGCGUGGCAGAGGGCGUGGCCAGAACGAACCGAGUGAGGACCCUACAUGCCAGGAGACGCGUCCCGGCUCCAACAUCUAGUCAUUUCACGGUAAGACGACAACCUGGAAUAGCGUUGUGCUGGUGACGAGAUGAUGCUGGCGACGAGCAGGCGCUGGCGAGGAGGACGUGUGAGGGAUGGAGACAGAGCGACGGACCUGAGUGAUCGAAGGGCAUAACGCGUAGAUUGUGCAAUGGUUAACCAGGCUCCCGAAACGGAAGAAAUCGCCACGGUUUGCCAGGCGAAGCGGACCUUUGUUUUUCCGGAUUAAUUCAGAGAACAGGACGGAGUGCGCUAUCCUCCCGUCAGAGGCGCUCGAUAGGUGGCGAAGGCCGUCUUGUCCCGAAAACGAGACGUAAGCCUCCGCGAGAAAUGCGUUUGUAUAAUCUACAUAAGACACUAUGGAUACUUGUUCACAUAUGACCUCAUUUUUACGUGCUUCGUAAUGCACGCGCAAAACACGACACGGAAGACAAGAAAAAAAUAAAUCCUGCGAAGCUCAAAAAAUCCUCUCUUGUUUUCAUCUCGUCAACAAAUGAAGCGUUUUCUCAGCACGCCAGGGGCAGAGGAGCGAUCGGCCGCCUCUCGUCCGCCGAGCCCGAACUUCCCAAGCCGGAGUACGCACGCCUCUCUGCACUUCCAGAACUUCCACGCCCAGGACACGGUCACCCGCUACCUACAUCCCUCUCUGGACUCAGGUGGUAUACUGAGGUUACCUAUUGCCCGUGACGGCAGCGACAAAGACUCGGGUGUACGCGAAGGGCAAUGCUAAUUUUCAAUGCACCAAAGAUUGAUUCCUUCCGACGGGCGUUAGGUUCGUAGUGGUCAAUAAGGACCUUCCUGAUCCUGGAAUCACUUCGGAAGUUUCCUGUAAUUUUUUUUUGUUCUUGUAAAUAACAAAGUCUCAUUCUUAGCGGCAUUUCGUGAUUUGUUUUUCCUUUUUUGUGUGUGUGUGAAAGACGGCUGUCACGCGGACGGCCAAGGAGAGGAUCCAGUGACGUAAAUAAAGUUCGGUCGGAUGCUGAGGAGGAUUCUUGUCCCUUUUGUGUUGAUGAACGAGUAAAAGGUUAUAUUAAAGGCAUGGCACCUUUGUGAGGAUUUUUUUCAGACAUUUCAAACGCACCUCUGUAAAGUGGAGAAUCUUGACGGAAGGCCACCUAUCGAACGUGUCAUUUGUAGCUGGAGAGAGAGAGAGAGAGAGAGAGAGAGAGAGAGAGAGAGAGAGAGAGAGAGAGAGAGAGAGAGAGAGAGAGAGAGAGAGAGAGAGAGAGAG